CCUCCUCAAAUUACAGAGGAGGCUGUUGAGGAAGUUAUGAGAAAAAGCAGAAUUCAUACAUAACUGGCAAUGUUACAUAAGGGCACUUUAGUGUAGCUCUGCCUGUGCAAGUUCCAAAUAUUGCAGAGUGAUAAGAAACUGGUAGAAGCACUCAGACGGUCGUUUUUUUAGGAUAGAAAGAGUGUGAAAGGAAGCGCCUUUUGAAAGAUUGUAGUACUUAGAUUUUUUCAGGGAUUUAAGAAAUAACUUUGAGUUUUGUUUGUUUUUCGGGAGAACCUACUGACAGAUUAUUACUUUUAGAUUCAGGUUUUAGGGAGGGAUUACGCUCAAAAUCACAAGACAUCCAGAGGAAAGAUUCCUGGACUGCAGGUAACAACCCGACGGGGGAGAUAAUGGCAAUGUGACCAGGAAGUAUACACAGUCACUCUGUGCUUGCCAGACGGUCUGGGAGGAAUUUUCUGACAGCUGGAAUCUAAAGGGAACAGAAGGAAAUCAGCCGUGAAUGCCGACAAAGCCUGCAGUGAACAGAGCUGAAGUCAAAACGUCUGAGGGGAGUACCGGAGCUAUUUUACUAAAUUGAUUGUCUGGAUUUGGAUUAUUUUUGCUGUAAACUUUUAGCUCUGCCAGUCAUGUCAGAAGGGAAAGAGUGGAGCUACAAGGAGGCCAUUGAAAAGGCGAGCUCCUCCAUCUGUCGCUUCCCUCUUAUCCACGUCAAAGGGGUUCCUCUCAUGUGCCACAUCGCCAACAACUGGGACUCCAUCUCAGCUUUUGUUCCUGACCCAGCAGACCUCCUAAUUGCCACCUACCCAAAAGCAGGCACUACAUGGACCCAGGAGAUAGUCGAUCUGCUUUUUCACAAUGGAGACGCAGAGGCCUGCAAACGAGCCCCCACACCAGUCCGGAGUCCUUUCCUAGAGAUCUGCUCUCCACCCCCAAUUCCCUCGGGUCUUGACCUUUUGAACAAAAUGGACCCCCCAAGAGUUAUUAAGACACAUCUUCCUUUUCAGUUGGUGCCCAGUGGAUUUUGGGAAAACAAAUGCAAGGCGAUCUACGUCGCACGCAAUGCCAAAGACAAUCUGGUGAGCUACUACUACUUUGAUCUGAUGAAUAAGACCCAGCCUGAGCCAGGACCCUUUGAUGGCUACAUCCACAAGUUUAUGCAAGGAGAAUUGUCAUGGGGCUCCUGGUAUGAUCAUGUCAAAGGUUAUUGGCUCGAGAAAGAGAAAAACAAUAUCCUAUAUCUCUUCUAUGAGGACAUGAAAGAGAAUCCUCGGCGGGAAGUGGAACGCAUCAUGAAGUAUUUGGACUUGACCGUCUCUGACGAGGUCAUCACCAAAAUUGUGGAGCUCACUUCAUUUAAGAAUAUGAAGGAAAACCCAAUGGCCAACUACUCCUGCAUCCCAUCACCUGUUUUUGAUCAGUCCAUCUCGCCCUUCAUGAGAAAAGGUGAAGUAGGCGAUUGGAAAAACCAUUUCACACCGGAGCAGUCCAAGAUUUUUGAUGAAGAUUAUGAAAAGCAAAUGAAGGGCGUCAGCAUACCAUUCAGGAGCCUCAUUUAAAGGAUUUUCGUGUCUUUUUCAAAUUCGCUCUGCAAACCAAAGGCCAAAAAACUGACUCUGUGCAGCACUUGGACAGCAAAAACACUGUCAGAUGAUUUGGCAAAAGCUAAAAACCAAAAUGAACAAUGACAGGAAAAAAAAAUCACUUUUUAUGUCUGAAUGUUACCCACUGUAAUCACUGCACUUCUUGAAGUGACUUAUUAAAGGCAAUUAUCUGAAUAAAUGUGUAAAGGAUAAAUAAAAAUGCGCUCCACAAUACAAGUAAAUGAGUUUUUGAUCACAAUUUUAUUAGACCUUAUCACGUAAACAAUAAAUAAGACCAGAAGUGUUGUGACUGAGUGGACAUGCCCAGUUUAUGUCAUGAGAACGCCAACAGAGUCCACUGACUGCAUGGUGCCUAUAGAGAGCGCUGGCAGCUGGAGGCUUGUGGCGUUUUUCUGCCCAUAUGAAGUCAUUUUGCAACCCUACACCACACUGUACAGAGCCCAGCUAAAGCAGGGAGGCUGCACGAGAAACGAGCAACAAAGACUAAAAUAAAAGUAAUGAGCUGGAAAGUCAAUCAUAUGAAAAUGGACAGAUGACACAAAAACACAACAACUGAGAAUAUCCAAGGUUAACAAAAAAACACCUUUAAUACACAUCUCUUAGAAUAAAAUCUUAAAUAUUUUAUUACUCUGUCAGCAGGGAAACCUCCCUUCAUUUGAAAUCAAUCUCCUUCUCUAUGUUGAGGCAUUUUUUGUAAAUUUUUGACAAGUUUUAUUGUUUUUUAAAAAUGUUUUCCUGUGUUUUUCUCCUCUCUCUUCUUUUGGUUGGCUCACUAGGGCUCCCUCUUU